AGCCGGAGCAGAGCCUGCUGCGGACAAGCCUCUGCCUGCCUGGGCGGCCGCGGCUGCCGCCCCGCUUCUCCUGUUGCCCGUACGACUGGGAGGCAGGAGCAGCCCCGAGGGGUCGGUCCCGACGCUGCGCCUUCCCGGCGCCGGCAGCAACUUUGCCGCUCCGGCCGCGCUCGCUGCUCCCUGCCGCCGUGCGAGCGUUCGGAGGGUGCAGUGACCGAUCCCAGCAAGAGUUUUGCAAAGCUCUGAUACACCUUGAGCUGCGCGCAACAACCUGUGUUCUCCGAGGUGCUGGAGAGAAGGAAUUAUGUGUUCACGACCGCCCGGCGAGGGGAGGUGUCUUCCUCAAGGGACCUUUCCUCACCCAUAGAGCUGCCGGCUGCCCGCGACGGCGGGAGGACGCAAAUGGGCAGAACGAGGCCGGUGUGGCUGCUGGCGAGGAGGCAGCGGUCCCGGGAAAGGGCUGAGCGCCGGGGGGGGGUCCUCCCGGCGCUGCACUUGCUACAUUAACUCGGCGCGUCGGAGACGGCGACACAACUUUCUGGGUCUGCCCCGGGUGGCGGCCAGAAGAGCCUCUUCGCCGCUCCGCUCGCCGCGCCCCCAGCUCCGGCCGCUGCCCGCGGCGGACCUCGGCGGCAGCGGGAGCCGCGCUCCGGCGGCAGCAGAGUCGCGGUUGCUCCCGCUCCGGCCCCGGCGAGGAGGGCUGUCCCCGGGAGCCGGGCGGGCAUGUCUUCCGCUUCCAGCCCCGCUGAGCGGGGCGCACGCCGCCUCUAAAGGGGAGCUUGUGAGCCCCGCCGCCUCCCGGCCAUGCGACCCCUCCGCGCUCCCCUCGCCUUGCUCUGCCAGGUGCUGAGCGCCUGGGCUGCCUGCGCCCUCGCCCCGGCUCCCGUCGCGGCCGCCGGGCCGCCGGCGCCCCCGCAGCGCGCCCGCUCGCAGCCAGCCCCGACGCCCCUCGCCCCGGGCCGGCGGGUGGCCGCGGCGCUCCCGGGGCGCGGAGCGCUCCCUCCCGGGGUCGGCGGAGCGGCGGGGCCGGGCGGCAGCUGCGCUCCCCGCGGGGCAGCGGGGGCCGGGCGGCGGCGGGCGCGGAGCAGCGAUCCCGGAGCCGGCGCGGCGGCGGGGAGGGGCGGGGCGGGCGGGCCCCGCUGGCUGCCCCUGAACGGUUCGGCAAGCGGCGAGGGCAGCGCCGGGGGCCGCGGGAACGCCACGGGGCGCCGCGCCCGCCUCCGCAACCCCUUCUACCCGCUGACCGAGGAGUCCUACGGCGCCUACGCCGUCAUGUGCCUCUCCAUAGUGAUCUUCGGCAUCGGCAUCAUGGGCAACAUGGCAGUGAUGUGCAUCGUCUGCCACAACUACUACAUGCGGAGCAUCUCCAACUCUCUGCUGGCCAACCUGGCCUUCUGGGACUUCCUCAUCGUCUUCUUCUGCCUGCCGCUGGUCAUCUUCCAGGAGCUCACCAAGAAGUGGCUCCUUGAAGACUUCUCCUGCAAAAUCGUCCCGUACAUCGAGGUGGCCUCUCUUGGAGUCACCACAUUCACACUGUGUGCCCUCUGCAUUGACCGGUUUCGUGCUGCCACCAACGUGCAGAUGUAUUAUGAGAUGAUCGAAAACUGCACCUCGACGACGGCCAAGCUGGCUGUCAUCUGGGUAGGUGCCCUGCUGCUGGCACUGCCAGAGGUGGUUCUGCGCCAGCUGGCCAAGGAAGACCCUGAGUACAGUGGCAGCCCCCCGGGUGAGCGCUGCGUGGUGAAGAUAUCCACCACACUGCCCGACACCAUCUACGUGUUAGCUCUCACCUAUGAUGGGGCACGACUCUGGUGGUACUUCGGCUGCUAUUUUUGUUUGCCUACCCUGUUCACUAUUACCUGCUCCCUGGUGACAGCGAGGAAAAUCAGGAGGGCUGAAAAGGCUUGCACAAGGGGGAACAAGCGACAAAUUCAGCUGGAAAGUCAGAUGAACUGCACAGUGGUGGCUCUGACCAUUUUGUAUGGGUUUUGCAUCAUUCCCGAAAACAUUUGCAACAUUGUGACUGCCUACAUGUCCACAGGGGUCUCUCGACAAACUAUGGACCUCCUCCAUCUCAUUAGCCAGUUCCUUUUGUUCUUUAAGUCCUGUGUUACCCCAGUUCUCCUCUUCUGCCUCUGUAAACCUUUCAGCCGGGCCUUUAUGGAGUGUUGCUGUUGCUGCUGUGAUGAAUGCAUCCAGAAGUCUUCCACAGUGACAAGUGAUGACAAUGACAAUGAGUACACCACGGAACUGGAGCUCUCUCCUUUCAGUACCAUUCGUCGUGAAAUGUCCACUUUUGCCUCCGUGGGGACUCACUGUUAAUUUACUUUAGGACUUUUUAUUUCCUGUAUCUUUUUCCUUUUUCUUUUUUUUUUUUUUACUUUAUAUUUUUCUUCUUGAAACAAAAUGCAGGAAAACAAUUACUGUUGAACACUACUCUCAAAACCAAUCUGUGUAUUAACAGUCAUGCUUUGGAAAAUAAUUUGUUUCGUUAUUAAAAGGAAAGAGAGACAAGGAGAGUCAGCACUCAGUUUUAAGUCAUGAUAUUUUGUAUGGUGCUAAGAUUUCAUUGCUUGGGGAGGAAGGUCCAUAUCGAUCCACUUUUAUUUAAUUCCAUAGUAUUUUUUUUUGAUAAUCACUGCAAAAUGAUUUGUAGACAUUGUGGGCUUUGCAAGAUGGUUCACGUAGAAGUUGUGGUGGAAAGUAUUUGAAGGUAGUUUUAAUCCAAUUACUGUACACUGUUGUGAGAGGAUUUGGGCUUCAGAAAAUUUAUAAGUAGCAUAAAAAUAAAUGAGGCUUUAUUCUUUAACUUCCUUGUCAAUCUGCGUUUAACAAAGACAUCUAUGAGUACUAUUAAAUUCCUUUAAUAAGUAAAAAAAAUCUUUGCAUAAAAUAAUAUAGAUGGCCAUAUUUAAUUAACAUUUGGGUACUUACCUUUGGAGGAUAUAAUUACAGUGUUCAAGGAAGAUGGUUAUAAUGGUAUUAGAUUUAUAUGAGUAGGUUUUUUUAAUGCUAUAUUAUGAAGGUCCAGUAUGCCUCACUGAAAAUUUUUUUAACCUGCAGGUAUACAAAAUCUGAGUUAUUUUAUACUUCUUACAAAGAAACAUUCAUUUUAUCAUUGCAUUUUGUCUUGUGUGGUUUCAAAAUCAAGUUUCUUUCCAGUUUGCUAUUGGUUUUACAUUGGAAUUUUGUCCUCAGUCUCUGUAUAUAUAGCUCCUACUAGCUUCAGUGAGUCUCAUUGCAGAGGAAGGCAUUUUUUACCAGAGGUUUGCUGACAAUAAAUGUGAGGGACUGAAACA